GCCAUCAAUCAGAAUGGUCCAAUUUAUCGACGGUGUUCCGAAGGUCAACCUUAGCUGCAGUAGCGGCUUCUACUUCUUAGCGGUUAGCUUAGCGGCAGACACCAAGCAGUAUGCGGCACAGUGAACUCGCAGGCGGGAAACAAGGCGCGAUAUCAUCCCCAGGACAAGUUGUGAUUCUAGACCCACCCUACUUGGUAUCAUCUGGCGGCAUGAGAGAGCAUCUAUACUAUUGCGUUCUUGAUGACAUUUAAGGGGAGAUGGCUCCGCCCUUCAUUGACAUUAUCUCAGGAUUCAGGUCUGGAUGAGAAUCUUUUCUAUUUCGAACACAAAAUCUACAGCCAUCUUUCAACCAGUGCUUUCAAGAAUAUUUGAAAGGAAAUUCACGUAAUGUUCGGUGCAUUUCGCUGCAACAACAGUACGUCUAAGAAUCUGGAGUUCAUUGCUUUAUCGAGAAAGGUCGGUAUGGAUUCUCGCAAUUCUGCUGUACUGGCAUGUGAACCGUGCCGGGCUCAAAAGCUCAAAUGCAAUGGUGAUCUGUAUGGCUGCGAAAGAUGCCAAGAAUCAUCCACAGAUUGCACGUACCGCACCCCUACGCCCGCAUCCUCCACGCCGUUAAGCUUGAAACAUUCCAACUCAGAUCUCCCGGCACUUCCCUUGAAGCGGCGGCGGACCAAUGGUGUGGGAGCACUGCGUAUACAUUGCCCGUCGCCAGUUGGACCAACCCCCAGAAUACAGUCACCACUCGUACGGCCCGAGCCCGUCUUGGUCAAUUCCUACCAAGACUGGGGUCAAUUUUGCAACAUGAAUACGACGGAACACCCAGGGCUGAACCUAACCCUAGAAGAUAAUUUGCCCUGUUACCCAACGGCGCCUUUGAUCUCAGAGGCACAUCUGAAGCCCUCACAUUUGGUGUCACCAGCUACAUCGUAUUCGAGUGGAGUCGGUCCCAGCGUCUUUGUUCGGAAUCCUCAUACCCCUGUCACAUCACAGGACCCAUCUAAGAAUCAGGGCCAGAGUUGCAAGUGUAUCCAGUCCCUUGCCGACACACUGGAGAGGGUUGGAGGCGACAACGACCAAAGGAGUAAUAUCGACCACAGUGAGCGUCUCGAUUACUUGCUGACGUCUUUGCACACCGGUGUCGAUACAUGUACUCGGGUACUCGACUGCGGCAGCUGUGACAUCUGUGCCACAAACUCGAUGAUCUUCAUGGCUUUGAUCCAGCAGCUUGCCAUAAGGUCGAGAGACCUCUGCGAUCUACUACUAUCGCUCCAGGACAAGCCACAGAGGACCUUGCCAGACGACCCUGCAGAUCUCCAACCCGAAGCUAGCGUCUUUAUAGGACGGUAUCAAAUUCAAAUUGAGGCUGUAUGUCGGGAGCUGGUCCACACUUUGGCAAACAUCCACUUCAGAGACCUUCGUCGCUUACUAGCUCGUCUGCCUGAUCUGAUUGGAACGAAGCCAAGGGCGAAUAAGAUGCUUACUGAGGCCACUGAAACUUCUGAGAAGGCUUCUCACAUUCUUGAAGGGAUUCUAGUCAAGCGUGCUGCUGAGAAGGCAAAGAAUCACGAGUUAUACGGCUUGAUUACGGAGAGAGGUCCUUGAGGAAUUGCUUGUUACAUUUAUGCAAGAUCAUCCCGUUUCUUCUCCAGUCACCAACUCCGCUUGGUUUGGCUACCGCCAGUUUCAAAUUCCUCCUGGCAAACACUAUGGGACAGAUUGCGCAUUCUCGGAGUUUGGGAGU